UGUAUCGUAUCUUCUAUCCUUUAGUUUCCGAAAGUACACGAUAAAGGAGAAUGUAAGAUAUUACUCUCUCACUCUAUCAUAUAGAAACAGAAGGAUAGAAUAUUAUUCUCUUGCUCUAUCAACUCGGACCUCAAUUUUAAUCAAAAGGCGUAUCCGGUACUAUAAGAUCUAUGAUUUGAGCCAAGGCCAAUAAGAGGAGUGAAGAAGAGGAAAAGAAAAAACGAAGUCGAUAUAAAUCGACGCGACUUCACACAAAACUUGAAAGUAGUAAAAUAGGAUAUUUCGAUAUCAUAUUCAUACAAAAACAUGUAUAAAAAUGGACCACCACCACCUUAUGAACCUCCACCUUAUGCACCACCUGCUUAUUCUCAAAGUGUAGGAGGAGUUCCUCCAGCUAGUCCUUUUACACCAGCUCAAACUUAUGCAAAUGGACCUACUAUAGUUACAACUAUCGUUCCACUUGGACCACAAUCGACUCAUACAAUUUGUCCACACUGCCAUGCUGAAAUAGAUACAACAACAAAAACUGAACCUGGCAUGAUAGCUUAUAUCUCAGGUGUCAUCAUAGCAUUGUUAGGAUGUUGGUUUGGUUGCUGCUUGAUUCCAUGUUGCAUCGAUGAAUGUAUGGAUGUUCACCAUACUUGUCCAAACUGUAAAGCUUAUUUGGGACGCCAUAGAAGAUAAGAUAAUUUCUGUAUUCACAUAUAUUGCGUUCAAUUGUUGAAAUGCCUUUACAAUAUAAUUCCAAUGGAUAUAUUAAAUUUGAUUUUAACUAUAUUUUGAAUAGCUCUCUGUAGAGAAUACUAUAAAAAUAUAGCUGCAAUUUAUAAUCUUUAUAACAAAGAAUGCACAAUAAGUAAUUACAGCUAUUCUAUAUAGCUGGUUAAUAUUUAUAACAACGCUACUGGCUGGCUGGCAUCAUUACUUUGUCAUUUUUGUGUUACUCGCUUCUUUGUUGCUUGCAUUUUGAUAAUGAAUAUAUAACCAUAAUGUAAUCUAGUAAGUUCACUCCAUGAAAGAAUAUGGUCUGCCUGAAUCUAAUUAUUCAGACCAUGUUAAAAUUGAACAUAAGAGUAUAUGUAUUACAAAAAUUUGUAAAAAUGAAAAAAUGAUUGUUAUUAUUCAUAAUAAGGCCUCAAAUAACAAAUUUAUCUUUAUUAAAAAUGUCUCAAAGCUAAUCUUUAAAACAUAAGUCUUUUAGACUUUACUGUCUUGAAGACUUUUUUGAGGGAUUGAAACAUCUUUAAGAUGUUUUAGAAUGUCAUAAUAUUCUUUUACUAUUUCUCGAUUUUGUAAUGGCGAAUUUAAAAUAAAAACCUAAUAAAAUGAUCAUAUGAAUGACUA